AUGGAGAGCAGACAAGCAGGCAAGAGGAAGGGCUCGGGGUUCACUGACACCUAUCCUGAGACAGUCAGCUCCACAGCCGAUGUUGAAGUUUCCCUCUAUAAGAAGUUCCCCAAUGUACCUGGACUGGCUGGGGGCUCAUUGCUCUCUCCCGUUGCCGCUUCCUCCCUGCACACAGCCGCCACCCCUACCCGUCGGCGGCACCGGACUACCUUCAGCCAGGACCAGCUAGACCAGCUGGAGGCAGCAUUUGUGAAAAAUCAUUAUCCUGACAUUUACUGCCGGGAGGAGCUGGCCAGGGUUACCAAACUCAAUGAGGCUCGCAUUCAGGUCUGGUUCCAGAACCGGCGAGCAAAACAACGAAAGCAGGAACGGGCCCUGCCUAAACCAGGCACCCCCAGCGUCUUCUCUGCCUGCCCCAUGCCUGCCCCUGCACCCCGACAGUACCAAUAUCCCCCCACUCUGGGGUCACAUCAUCACCUGCCCCGCUUCCCUUCCACCUACACCCUGCCACCCCCACCUCCCUCUGGGACUUCUGCCCAGUUUCCUUGUCCUGUGACCCACCACCCUCAAACCUCCCGUACGCAUGAAGACUGGUACAGCCCAUUGCGUGCCAUUGGUUCCCCCACGACUGCUCCACCACCUGCCAUGAUCUCUCUGAGUCUUGACCCCAGCACCCACUGGAACUGA